AUGCCAAGCCUCAAAUCUCCAUCUACCGAACCAGACCCAAUUUUCCCAUAUGCAGGAGCGCGUAAUGAAUCUACCACGGGGGUGUUUAAUCCCUUAGAUCACGGUCUUGAUAUUGAUGACGAUCCACCAUCACCAUUCAAAGAAUUCGAGUCGCCUGUGCACCCGCGUGGGGCGAAUUUUGGUGCAGGCAUUGAUGAUGGGAAGCGACCAGGCGAACAGGUUAUGGGGGGUUCUAAAGGUCAGGAUGCUGUUGCCAAGUCGCCAGCUGCCAAGGGUGAUGCGAAAGGGGAAAGGGAAGAAGAAGAGGCAAUUACAAACACAAAUAUCGGAGAUGUGGGUGAUGUGGGUGGACAAGACUCCGAUGAAGGUACCAAAUUAGAGAACAUUCAGACUUCAAACGCUGGGGAUCAUGCCCGAGGUGCGGAUAGCCCGAACCGAGAGGAGGGUGCUCGAGAGAAAGGGAAGGCUAAUCAAGAGCAAGAAAAGAGUGAACAAGAUGGAGAGGGUAAUCAGGGAGCGGUCGGCCAAGCCACAUGCAAAGAUGCCAACCUCGCAAACGGUGAUACCCAAGUCGCAGGCAAUGAUACCCAAGAUGCAGCCAAAGCUUUACCUCCAGACUCUGGCCCCAAACCAGUGCCGACGCAUCUCACUCCUGCCCAAGAAGAGGCUGAAACCCACCGUCAUGCCUUCCUACUUAAAGAAGUAGCCUGA